UACAGAGAACCAGGAAGUUAACAUUUUGUUAUGACAGGUCAUGUAAAAUGAACUUUGAGUCCAAUGUUUGUUUUAUUAGACUUACGUAAUAAUUAGGGUCAUUUGGACCACAAUGGCUGAAUGCAAGAAAGAACACGGGGAAUGUGGGAAAGGCUGUUUCGUUGAUUCAGUGAUUCAUGUGGAUGUCAAGGACUACUAUGGGAAGACCCUGAAGAAAACGUCUGACCUGAAGAGUAAUGCCUGCUUAGCCCCGUCUCAGGCCAUCCCAGCCUUCAUCCUCAAGGCUCUGAAGAAGAUCCAUCCUGAAGUCACAGCCAAGUGGGUUCACUGUUGUAACAUUGUACUUACAAUGUACUAUGGGUGUGGGCUGGUGGUCCCAGAGUGUCUGGAGGGCUGCAGACUGCUGGACCUGGGCAGUGGCAGUGGGCGAGACUGCUACAUGCUCAGCCAACUGGUCGGGGAGAAGGGCCACGUCACAGGCAUCGACAUGACUGAGGAUCAGCUUGAGGUUGCCAGAAAGUACGUGGACCACCACACGCAGGAGUUUGGAUACGAGAAGCCCAACGUGGACUUUGUUCAGGGCUACAUCGAGGCUCUAAAGGAGGCUGGACUCAAGGAGAACUCCUUUGAUAUCAUCAUAUCCAACUGUGUGGUGAAUUUGUCCCCAGACAAGAGAAAAGUAUUGAGUGAUGCUUACCGCGUGCUGAAGGAUGGAGGAGAGCUGUACUUCAGUGAUGUCUAUAGUAGCAGUAAGCUCUCCGAUGAGAUCAAGAAUAACAAAGUCCUGUGGGGGGAGUGUUUAGGCGGAGCGCUUUGGUGGGAGGACCUAGUGCGAUUGGCUCAGGAGGUGGGAUUCAGCCCCCCGCGGUUGGUCACGGCCAAUGUCAUCACCGUGGACAACAUGGAACUGGAGGCCAUCCUAGGUGACUACAAGUUUGUCUCUGCCACCUACCGUCUCUUCAAGAUCCCCAAAAUCUCUAACAAAGGCUCUCUGGUCAUAUACAAUGGCAACAUCACUGGUUUUGAGGAGAGUCUGGAGUUUGACUCUCAGUACACGUUCAAGGUGGAUGAGGUAGUGGAGGUGGAUGGAGAGGUGGCCAGCAUCCUCAGCCACUCCAGGUUUGCUGAGGAGUUCACUUUCCAACCGCCCGGGUUACCUGCUGGAUGUAGUGUAAGGAAACCCAAGGUGGGCACGGUGAAUCCCUUUGAACUGGUGCUGCAGCUGGGGAGUGCAACUGUCUCUUCUGCCACAGGGGGGUGCUGUGGUGCAGAGUCAUCCUUUUGCAAGUGAUGGGGUAGCCAAGAUAUGAGAGAGACACAGAGAAUGAUUUUACUGUGUAUGAAUGAACAAUAAUUGUAAUUCAUGUCAAACUAUGGAUUUUUGUCAAGCCUUAAGUUAGGCUCAUGUGUUAAUUGUAUAACUGUGUGAAUAUUAUCAUAAUCCAAACACAUUUCCGGCAGUGAAGAAGUGGUCAGCGUGUCUCUCUUUAAUGAAGUUGGCCUUAGAUUUCAAGAUGGGUGUGUGGGAGAGAAAUGCAAAAAAUAUAUCCACGGCAGUGGAGGCUGGUGUGAGGAGCUAUUGGACGAUGUGCUCAUUCUAAUGGCAGAAAUGGAAUGGAACGGUAUCAAACAUCGCUAAUAUGGAAACUACGCUUGACUCCGUUCCAUUAAUACCAUUCCAGCCAUUACAAUGAGCCCGUCCUUCUAUAUCUCCUUCUACUAGCCUCCACUGAUCCACAGGGGAAAGCACACUCGGGAUAUCAGUUAUAUUCUUAGUAUUUUCAUUUCAUUCAUAAACACCCAAAGUUUCGACUAGGUAUUUUUCAAGGGUGUGCUUUGUGAGGAAACUCCUGCAGUCUGUAUUCAUACAAGUUCAAGUGAACAACGGGUGGCAACAAUUAGUCAUUUCAAUUAGACAAUUGGUUAGCAAUCAAGUCUCAAUUGACAAUAUAUUUCUAUAUUUCUAUAAGGUAUACAUAUUAGACAACACAUUUAGACAGAAUCAUAGGUCAACAUGAUAUACACUGAGUGUACAAAACAUUAAGAACAGCUUCCUAAUAUUGAGUUGCAUCCUAACAGCCUCAAUUCAUUUCGGCAUGGACUCUACAAGGUGUUGAAGGCGAUCUACAGGGAUGCUGGCCCAUGUUGACUUCAAUGCUUCCCACCAUUGUAUCAAGUUUCUACUUGUGUGCAUGUACUGACAUGUAUGUGUAACUGAUAGACUCAUACACCAUACAUGUUAAUGUUCUUAAAUGUAUGUAAAUUGUAUUUUGUCUGUAAUGUCUUUUUCAUUGUCUGUCAGACCCCAGUAAGACUACCUGUCGCCAUUGGCUAUUUGGGAUCCUAAAAAAUCAACAUCAAAUCAAGUUAGCUGGAUGUCCUUUGGGUGGUGGAUCAUUAUUGAUACACACAGGAAACUGUUGAGUGUGAAAAACCACCAUACUUGCAGUUCUUGACACAAAUCGGUGUGCCUGGCACCUACUACCAUACCCCGUCCAAAGGCAUCUUGUAUUGCCCAUUCACCCUCUGAAUGGCACACAUACACAAUCCAUGUCUCAAGGCUUAAAAAUCCUUCUCUAACUUGUCUCCUCCCCUUCAUCUCCACUGAUUGAAGUGGAUUUAACAAGUGACAAUAAGGGGUCAUAGCUUUCAUCUGGAUUCUAUGUCAAGGAUGGGAAACUUUGACUCAUCAUGAGGGGCUGCAGUGGCUAGUGGGUCUGCAUCACAGGAGGUUGGUGGCACCUUCAUUGGGGAGGACAGGCUCGUGGUAAUGACUGGAGUAGAAUCAGUGGAAUGGUAUCAAACACAUGGUUUCCAGGUGUUUGAUGCCAUUCCAUUUGCUCCUAUGAGCAGUAUUCCACUCAACAGCCUCCACUGGUCUGCAUACCCACAUCCAUAACCCCCUCCCCACCUUUCGGGCAAAACAUUUUAUCAGCCCCAUUCAUGAGAGCUGAAGAUAAAAAAAUUAAAUAAAAAAUGUUUUUGAAGUUAA